UCCCACACUCUCUUCCACUCAGUACUACUACUGCCCACUGACUCACUUUUUUUGAGAUGAAACUUUUUUCACUCAUAAAUAUAUACACACACUACGCUGCCCGUGUAUGAAUCUAGAGCUCAGCCCCCAUCUGCUUCCAUGGCGUUAUCUCCAAUCUGUUAUUUUCUUCUUUGUACAUAUUUUCUUGUGAUAUCACUGCUAAUUUUCUCUCCUUCACCAACUCAAGAAGCGGAACAGAGAAAAACCUUCAUAAUCCAUGUCCAGCACGAUGCAAAACCCUCCAUUUUCCCAACUCACAACCACUGGUAUGAAUCCUCAUUGAGAUCCCUUUCCACUGUUAGUGUCAAUGCGGCUUCGCCGGAUUCUGCUGACGCUAGCCGCAUAAUCCACUCCUACAACAACGUUUUCCAUGGUUUUUCAGCCAAACUCUCAGCUUCUGAAGCCCAGAAGCUGGAAAGCUUAUCCGGCAUAAUUGCGGUUAUUCCGGAGCAAGUGAGGCAAGUGCACACCACCCGCUCGCCGGAGUUCCUCGGCUUGAAAACUGGCGACAAUGCUGGGUUGUUGAAAGAGUCUGAUUUCGGGUCGGAUCUUGUAAUAGGAGUUAUCGACACCGGGAUCUGGCCAGAGAGAGAGAGCUUUAAUGACCGGAAUUUAGGUCCCGCUCCCGCGAAGUGGAAAGGGGAAUGCGUCGCCGGGGAGAAUUUUCCGGCGAGUUUGUGUAACCGGAAAUUAAUUGGGGCUAGGUACUUUUGCAAUGGAUACGAAGCAACUAAUGGGAAAAUGAACGAAACGAACGAGUUCCGUUCGCCGAGAGAUUCCGACGGGCAUGGCACGCACACAGCUUCAAUAGCUGCUGGGAGGUACGUGUUUCCAGCUUCAACUCUAGGCUAUGCUCGCGGCGUGGCUGCUGGGAUGGCACCGAAAGCCCGCCUGGCGGCUUACAAAGUCUGCUGGAACGCAGGCUGCUAUGAUUCAGACAUUCUCGCGGCGUUUGAUGCUGCUGUAGCUGACGGUGUUGACGUCAUCUCGUUGAGCGUGGGUGGAGUGGUGGUGCCGUACUAUCUGGAUGCUAUAGCAAUUGGGGCGUUCGGCGCGUUUGAUGCUGGAGUAUUCGUCUCUGCCUCUGCAGGAAACGGCGGCCCCGGCGGAUUAACAGUUACAAACGUCGCUCCGUGGGUUACAACCGUAGGUGCGGGGACCAUCGACAGGGAUUUCCCCGCCGACGUCAAGCUUGGCAAUGGAAGAAUAAUUCCGGGGGUCAGCGUGUACGGCGGACCGGCGCUGGCUCAUGAUAAGCUCUACCCUCUAAUUUACGCCGGGAGUGAAGGCAGCGACGGAUACUCGUCUUCCCUCUGUUUGGAAGGUUCAUUGGACCCUAAUGCGGUGAGAGGAAAAAUAGUUUUAUGUGACAGGGGAAUUAACUCCAGAGCUGCAAAAGGUGAAGUGGUGAAGAAGGCCGGCGGAAUCGCAAUGAUUUUAGCUAACGGAGUUUUCGACGGCGAAGGUCUGGUGGCGGAUUGCCACGUGUUGCCCGCGACAGCAGUUGGCGCGACGUCGGGGGAUGAAAUCAGAAGGUACAUUCAAUCAGCUAUGAAAUCGAAAUCUCCGCCAGUGGCAACGAUCAUUUUCCGCGGUACUCGGCUGCAUGUCGCUCCGGCGCCAGUAGUGGCUUCGUUUUCUGCCCGCGGCCCAAAUCCAGAAACCCCAGAGAUUUUGAAGCCCGAUCUGAUCGCACCUGGCUUGAACAUACUCGCUGCCUGGCCUGACAAUGUCGGGCCGAGCGGUAUUCCGUCGGAUAAGCGCCGGACAGAGUUCAAUAUUUUGUCGGGGACAUCCAUGGCUUGCCCACAUGUGUCUGGCUUGGCUGCUUUGUUAAAGGCAGCUCACCCGGAAUGGAGCCCCGCAGCCAUCCGGUCAGCUUUGAUGACCACGGCUUACAGCCACGAUACCCGUGGAGAAACAAUGCUAGAUGAAUCCACAGGCAAUUCAUCAACCGUGAUGGAUUACGGGGCAGGCCAUGUCCAUCCACAAAAGGCCAUGGAUCCAGGCCUGGUUUACGACUUGAAUUCCUACGACUACGUUGACUUCUUGUGUAACUCGAAUUACACGACCAAGAACAUUCAAGUGGUAACCCGAAAGGCAGCUGAUUGUAGUGGGGCAAAGAGGGCUGGGCAUGUGGGGAAUUUGAAUUACCCGACGUUGACAGCCGUGUUCCAACAAUACGGGAACCAUAAACUGUCAACACAUUUUAUACGGACCGUGACUAAUGUGGGCAAUCCAGAAUCCGUUUACACUGUCAAAAUUCAUCCCCCGAGUGGGGCAUUGGUGACGGUGGAGCCGGAGAGGCUGGCCUUCCGCCGGGUGGGGCAGAAGUUGAACUUUCUGGUCAGGGUACAAGCGGAGGCACUGAAACUAUCUCCAGGGAGCUCAGUUGUGAAGAGUGGAUCAAUAGUAUGGUCUGAUGGGAAGCAUUUUGUGACUAGUCCAAUAGUUGUGACAAUGCAGCAGCCACUUUGAUCACUUAGUCUUGUGAAAAUCUUGGGCUUUUGCUGAGCAAAAGGUUUGCUAAAUGGGGGAGAGGGAUGAUGUGAGAUAUAUAUGUAUGUAUAAUGAGAAUGAAAUGGGCUUCUUUCUAUACUUGAGAAAGUGGCAUGAAAUGAGAGUAAGUUGGUCUAGUAGGUUUUGGUCAGGUGCAGCAGGGUAAUGCUAUUGAGUUUGUGUAAGAUGUCGAAUCAAGAAUGUGAUGUAAAAAGAAGAUGCGCUUGUGUUGAGGAGAAGAUCAUAAGAAAAAAGGUCAAUGAUGAUCAAUUUUCUUUUUA